AUGUCAUCAACAGAAGAAAUAAAUAAGUUAUUGAAUGAAAAGGAAGAUACAUUGAUAAAUGAAUUAAAAGAAAAAUAUAAUUUUAUAAAUUUUGAUGAAAUAAAAAGUUACAAAGAAAAAAAAUUAUAUCAUGAAUUAACUUUAGAAAUACAAAAGUUCGUUAAUAAUAAAAAUGUAAAUAUUAAAGAUAAAUUUCGCUUAUUUUACACAUAUUUAUCACCCCUAAUAACUAAACUAAAGAAGACAAUUUAUGCAGAGCUAUUAUAUUUGGUAACUAUUAAUUUUGAUACUAAAUGGACAGUAAAUUAUUUAAAAGAAUCAGAGCAGAAUUUAGAGAAUGACAAAGAUGCAAUAAUAAUAUAUAGGUGUAUAUUAAUUUUAAAAUAUAUAGAAUUAAACGAUUUUAAAAGUUGUGAAAAUGAAAUAGAAAAUACAAAAAAUAUGUUACAAGGUGUAAUAGGACUAAAUGUAGCAUCUCACAAAUUUUAUAAUUUUGCUUUAAUGAACUAUUAUAAAGUUUUAAAUAAAUCAGAUCUUUUUGUUAAAUAUGCACUUCUAUAUUUAGCUUAUACACCUUUAGAUGAUCUAGAUGAAUCAGAUAAAAUAGAAAUAGGGAAAUAUAUAUGCAUUCAUUCAAUUAUAAGUGAAGAUGUUUAUAAUAUUGGUGAAAUUACCCAAUUACCAUUGAUAAAUGUAUGCAUAAAAAAUAAUGAAGAAACAAAAUGGUUGUACCAAUUAAUUUAUGUAUAUAAUGAAGGCAAGAUUGAUGCUUUUAAUGAAAUUGUACAAAAAUAUGAAGUUAAUAUUAAAAACACAAUCUUAAAAGAUUAUAAAAAAAACAUGCUAAAAAAAAUUACUUUACUAGCUUUAAUGGAUCUAGCGUUUAGAAAAAAAAAACAAAGAUCAGAUAUUUCUUUUACCGAAAUUGCAGAUCAUUGUAAAAUAGACAUUAAAGAAGUUGAAAAAAUGCUAAUUACAGCUAAAAGUAAAAAUAUAUUAACUUGCAAAAUUGAUGAAAUUGAAAAAUCUGUAAAAAUAACUUGGGUGAAACCAAGAGUUCUUAAUGUUGACAAAAUAUAUUUUAUGAAAGAAAGUAUUGAUAAGUGGAUAACUCAUUCUAAAAAUCUUCUUACAUAUAUGGAAGAUUUAUCUGUUGAAUUAUUAAUAUCAUAA